AUGUCAUCGGCUGCUCUCAAUGGCGGUAAGCGCCAUGUCGACGUCCUUGCGCGAGGCUGGAGCACAAGCAGUGGCCAUCCUAGAACGGCAGAUGCUGCUCAUCGACGCCGCUUCGGUCGCCCCUGGCUUGGCCCAGUGAAGAUAGGCGAAGCAGGCUCCAAGGAUCUCAACCGCGGUACGGGGAGCGGGCUAUGGGAUCUCCCCGGCGAAUCUGUCUGCGCUCACCCGAAGUCCAAUGUGUCGUGGCUCUCGCUGCAGCAUUUCGUGCCUCCAUAA